CGGAAACAUGAACGGAGAACAUUGGCUAGGCAACGACCGACUGAGCGCUCUCACUACCUCCGUACCGAUGCAGCUACGAAUCGAUCUGAGAAGAUUCUCGGGUGAGACGCGCUACGCCACGUACGAUGUUUUCAGCAUCGCUUCAGAGAGGGCGAUAUACAAACUCAACGUCGGCAUGUACCACGGCACUGCGGACGACUCGAUGAUAUCUGCUCAUCAUGGAAAAAAUUUCAGCACUCCGGACCGGGACAACGACACCCACGAGACCCAACACUGCGGUGAAACAUACAAGGGCGGUUGGUGGUACGGGGCCUGCCACCAUUCGAACCUGAACGGACUUUACGGAGAGGACAAUACAAAGGGUGUUGUGUGGUACACCUGGCCCGGUCACUCUGAAGCACUCAUGAGCACAGAAAUGAAAGUGAGACCCGUGCAAUACGCCCUCCACUGAUCGCGGAUGCUUGGCUGACUGCGAACCCGGGGCUCAGUGUCGAAAUAUGACAGAGUAGUACGCGCGUGCGUUCGUGCGUUCGUGCGUGCGUGCGUGCGUGCGUGCGUGCGUGCGUGCGUACGUGCGUGCGUGUCGGCUAGAUGAUAUUCGGGCGCGAAUAGUAGCCAGGAUGUACACAUUCCAUGCAAUGCAGAUAUACACAAAUGAGUACAUAAUAUAUAUAUAACUCUAAUGUGUAUUUAUUCCAAAGAAUUAAAUUUUCUACAGUCCGGUCUUGAUCACUAUACGCGAACACCGAAAAUUUCCAUAGCAGGAGUUUAAUAUCACCAGCUUCUUUAUUCUACAGUUAUUAUAUAUAGGUAAUUCACACUGACACAGUAGCAUGCUUCCCCGGGUUUUAUACGAACACACAGUGCUUGGAAACUAGCUCAUAUUAUUCUAGUUUUACAUACGGGUGGUAAUUUAUAAGGUAAAGACAGGAGCCUGUUAAACUCAACAUUGUAAACGUGGGGCCCGUUGUCAGAAACAUCGUAAAGUUAAUGUUAA